AUGUCGUUCAACUUUAGUCAUAUUCCCGGCCGUAGUUACCUGUGCGGUUUCCAGACGGAGCUGAAUAGCUUUGGGUACAAAGGCGAAUCAGCGGUUACAAUAUCACUUAAAGAACUUUGUGGCCUGCGCCUGGUGUCAGAUGCCGAAGGCUUUAUAGCCUUGCAAGUGAAGAACACAUCAUGGGAAGAGAGUUGGUACGGAUCUUCUCUUGAUUCGGGGGACCUUGUGUUUACUCAGAUCGAAUGGCCCAUCGGAUAUCCUGUCAAGUUUGCGGUCUCAUUUGAUGCCUUUAAAAUCCAUGCGAUAUCACUAUCUCAUACCACAGGCCUACCUCAACAUCGAUCUAUAUCCUGGAAAUCCCGGCUCCCGCCUCAAGACUUAAUACCCGUUUUUCUGGCAGACCGCGGGCCCACUGACGGCAUAUUGCCUCUUAGCUAUGUUGAUAGGCAGCUGGAAACUGCCGACACUAUAAGUGCGUUUAUUGAGCCAUCGACUCAGAGUAUUACAGGCUUCGAGUUCAACUUCGGGGGUAUAAGGCUUUGUGCUGGCAAUAUAGAUCGACGAUCAACAAAACUUUCGUUUUGUACUAACACCCAAGCAAGGGAAAUAUUCAUCGGAGUUGCCUGUGCGAAGUCAGUUGACACCACUCAUAUAACAGUCAAGUUCUUCACGAGCUUUGGAAGGUGUAUCAUCUUUGGGAACCCAAAAGUGGACGAAUGGCAUACCUCGGUGUCGCCUAACGGGGAAAUAAACGGUAUAUCUAUCGUCGGAGCUUUACAGCGGGAGCCCGAGUACCAGCAAAAAACCACUAAUUUUUUUCUACCAACGGCACAGUACCCAACUACAACUAUUGGAUUCAGGAAUUUUCAACCAUAUAUAGUGUUUAUAUCCUCCGCUAACCUCACCGCCGUAUCUAGUAUCACAGUAUAUAGAGAGCCUUUAUCUAACUACCUCUGCGGGGUUAAGAUCCUCCAUAAAAGCGGGUUUUCGGAUAUAUUGGGAGAAGUAAGAGAAGAGAUCCAGUCCUUCAUCCCAGGCGAAGAUCUGAUAUAUAUCCGAGUGUUCUACGCGGUUAUUUACGGAAUAUGUUAUCGAGUGAGAGGUCUACGUUUUGGAUAUGCUUCCCACUCCAUAGACGUAGGGUGUUUGGAAGGCUGGCUGGUUGAAAAUAUUGAUCUUUCUAGUGUUAGUCACCCUACCCGUUAUCUCAACGACGACUAA